GAGCCCUUUUUAAAAAAAAGUAUUAUCAAAAACAUGGACGCUGAAGGAAGUUCCUACCCCAGUACACGGGCAAAUUAUAACACGCUAUCGUUAAAUUCCAUCGUCAACAAAUUUUCCAUUUAAAAACAGCUGGAUUACAAUCUAAAUCAAAUACAAACUGCAGCUAAAACCUAGGCGGGGGUGGGAGGAAGAGAAAGGGGCUGGAAAGGGGAGGGGCCAGAACACUGUAGCUCUGGAGCCAAGUGCAAAUCACGCUUCUCACUGGACUCAGCCCCAAGGAAGCGACGCCAUUAGCGCCGUUCCACUGCGCAGGCGCGAUCUCUCAGUUCGCAUGCGCACUUACGCCGGCGCGGCCUGAGCAACUUUCUUUUUACAGGCCUGUUGCUGCGGUCUCUUGUGUCUCCUCCUACCUUCUCCAUUUUCCUAGUCCCUGCAGGACUUCACUGGAAUAUUAUUUGGAGAAAGUGUCAUGGAAGUUCUGCGUCCACAGCUUGUAACAAUUGAUGGUCGGAAUUACAGGAAGAAUCCCAUCCAGGAACAGACUUGUCAUCAUGAAGAAGAUGAUGAAGAUUUUUAUCACGGCUCCAUGGAAUGUGCUGAUGAGCCCUGUGAUGCCUAUGAGGUGGAGCAGACCCCACAAGGAUUCCGGUCUACUGUGAGGGCCCCCAGCCUGCUCUACAAGCAUAUAGUUGGAAAGAGAGGGGACACUAAGAAGAAAAUAGAAAUGGAGACCAAAACGUCUAUUAGCAUUCCUAAACUUGGACAAGAUGGAGAAAUUGUAAUCACUGGCCAGCAUCGAAAUGGUAUAAUUUCAGCCCGAACUCGGAUUGAUGUUCUUUUGGACACUUUUAGAAGAAAGCAGCCCUUCACACACUUCCUUGCCUUCUUCCUCAAUGAGGUUGAGGUUCAAGAAGGAUUUCUGAGGUUCCAGGAAGAAGUUCUAGAGAAGUGUUCCAUGGAUCAUGGCGUUGACAGCAGCAUUUUCCAGAAUCCCAAAAAGCUUCAUCUGACUAUAGGGAUGUUGGUGCUUUUGAGUGAGGAUGAGGUCCAGCAGACACGUGAGAUGCUACAGCAGUGUAAAGAAGAAUUCAUUAAUGACAUUUCUGGAGGCAGACCCCUAGAAGUAGAGAUGGCAGGAAUAGAAUACAUGAAUGAUGAUCCUGGCAUGGUGGAUGUUCUUUAUGCCAAAGUUCACAUGAAAGAUGGCUCCAACAGGCUACAAGAAUUAGUUGAUCGAGUGCUGGAACGUUUUCAGGCAUCCGGACUAAUAGUGAAAGAGUGGAAUACCGUGAAACUGCACGCUACAGUCAUGAACACACUAUUCAGGAAAGACCCCAAUGCUGAAGGCAGAUACAAUCUCUACACAGCGGAUGGCAAGUACAUCUUCAAGGAAAGAGAAUCAUUUGAUGGCCGAAACGUUUUAAAGUUGUUUGAGAACUUCUACUUUGGUUCCCUAAAACUAAACUCAAUUCACAUAUCUCAGAGGUUCACUGUAGACAACUUUGGAAACUACGCCUCCUGUGGACAAAUUGACUUCUCCUAAGAAAGAGAAAUUGCACUUCCAGACCAGAUGCUGAAGAAAAAUAUCUUCAUUCUCAUUGCCAAGGAGUGCUGUGAAUGUUUGGAUACAUGGUUCUCCUUGGACUCACCAUUGCCUCUAAUGGCUGUCUACAGUCAUCAGACUGUCAGUCAGACAAGGAGAACUUGGCCUGUAACCCUUGGCUUGUUCUUUUUUUUUUUUUUUUCCUUCUAUCUUGUUAUUGUGGUAAAAUACAUACAACAUAAAAUUUGCUGUCUUGACCAUUUUAAGUAUAGGUCAGUUUUAAUAAAUGCAUCCAUAAUGUUGUGUAGCCUUCACCACCAUCUAUCUCUCCAAUGUUCUUGUCUUAUAAAAUUGAAACUCUAUACCCAUUAAACAAUACCUGGCAGCCACCAUUCUACGGUCUCUAAGAUUUUGGCUACU